AACGUUAAAUGGGUGAGCCGACAUCUACUUUGGUUCAGCAAUGUUGAUGUUUCUGAAGCUUUCUUAUGCACCGACGUACGUUUCGAGCUAAACCUCUCUUCGGCAUUCAAAGCAUAGCUCAAAAGACCUCUUUUCAGCACUGACAUACGAUGGAUCCAUGUCCAUUUGUCCGUUUAAACGUCGAAUCUCUAGCUCUAAAGCUCCCUUUGGCCACCAAACCAGCCGGUUCCCGCGUCCACCCAUCUAAUACACCACGCUUUUGCAAAGUACGCAUCAAGAACUUCCCUUCUCAAACUGCCAUCCUUCCUUUCUGCUCUACUACUAAUGACUCUCCCCCCGAUACUUCCGCCUCCGCUGCCGGCUUCCAUCUGGACUCCACCUCCAUCCGCCGUCUUUCUGGUAAGCCCAUCACACUCCGUGUGGAAGUGUACACAGGUAGGAUGGGACACACCUGCGGGGUCAGCGGCGGCAAGUUACUAGGUUCGGUUCAGGUCAGUGUGGACUUGGGGCAUGUUCAGUCCAACCCCCGAGUGUUUCAAAAUGGGUGGUUAAAGCUGGGGAACCAACCAGAUAAGCCAGCAGCACGACUCCAUCUCGUGGUCCGUUCUGAACCGGACCCCCGGUUCGUUUUUCAAUUUGGUGGCGAACCUGAGUGUAGCCCAGUAGUUUUUCAGAUACAAGGGAAUAUACGUCAGCCCGUUUUUAGCUGCAAGUUCAAUGCAGAUCGUAACUCAAGAUCCCGAUUUCUCCCAUCAGAUUUCACUGUUUAUAACGAUAACAGAGGAUGGAGGACCUUCCCCGGCGAGAAAGAACGUGCAGGAAGGGAGCGAAAGGGGUGGAUGAUUAUGGUAUAUGAUCUCUCUGGCUCCCCAGUUGCGGUUGCCUCUAUGAUCACACCAUUUGUUCCAUUACAAGGCUCAGACCGUGUUUCUCGAUCAAACCCUGGUGCAUGGCUAAUUCUCCGGCCGAAUGGAUUCUCUGUCAGCAGCUGGAAACCAUGGGGUCGUCUAGAGGCAUGGCGAGAGAGAGGUCCUAUUGACGGCCUUAGUUAUAAGUUUGAGCUCGUAACAGACAACGGUGGCCCUAGCGGAGGCAUCGCCAUUGCUGAAGCUACAAUGAGUGUAAGGAAGGGUGGCCAGUUUUGCAUUGAUAGUAGGAUAAUGAAGGAUUCUGGAUUGAGAUCAAGAUCACCAGUCAACGGUUUUGUGAUGGGUUCGACAGUGGAAGGCGAAGGAAAGGUUAGCAAGCCAGUGGUACAAGUAGGGGUACAGUACGUCACUUGCAUAGCUGAUGCUGCCUUAUUUAUAGCUCUUUCAGCAGCUGUUGAUCUAAGCAUGGACGCUUGCCGCCUCUUCUCCCACAAGCUUAGAAAGGAACUUUGCCAUGACGAGCAAGAAUUCUUCUCUUAGAGCUUAUAUAUAUCGUCGAUCCCUCGCCCUGCAGUGAUAACCAAUUAGUUUCAACUCCUGAGCUUACAAACUGUUGGUUUGAGCAAACAAGCACAUUCUGAAUUGAAUCUCAUCUUGAGUUCAAAUCCCAUUGGCAGCUAAUGGAAUUCCUCGUGUAUAGAUGACGCGAUUAAACCCUAUUAUAAAUUUUCAAUGGUUCUCCUUUUCCUUUUCGAAAUCUGCCUCUUCUUUCAUUUCCUCUUAGAAUUUACUCUUGGUAGGAGAGUGGCAUCUGAUCUGGUUUUGGAAGCUAGCUCGUCUUGGUUCAUUGGGUAGUUGGAAUUUGUCGGUUCCGAUUGGUUUUUGUCGCACAGCUUGUACUAGAGGGUUCUAUUUCGUUACACAACUAAAACAACAGAAUGAAAGUGUACAGACAAAAGAUAAAGACAAUUGUUUGUUCAUAUUUCCUCUUCUCCUCGCAUUAUGUGUACCAUGCAUAUCAGUCUUGUGUCCCUGUAUAAUAACACAGUUCGUGGAUUGCUAAAAGGUAGUAUACCUUCUUAUUAUAUAGACAAAUGUACACGUAUUGACUCAA